AUGUCUGAUCUCUGCCCCCCAUGGGCCUACUUCUUCGGCUUCGCAGGCGUCACAAGCGCGAUGGUCUUUUCGACUGUCGGAGCUGCCUAUGGAACGUCCAAGGCUGGUAUUGGGAUCGCGGGUCUCGGUACCUUCAGGCCUGAUCUGAUCAUGAAGUCCCUCAUCCCUGUUGUUAUGUCUGGUAUCAUCGCCGUCUACGGACUGGUGGUUUCCGUCCUGAUUGCAGGUAACAUCUCCCCGUCAGAACCCUACUCUCUCUUUGCCGGCUUCAUCCAUCUUGCUGCCGGACUGGCGUGCGGCUUCACUGGGUUGGCAGCUGGCUACGCAAUCGGUAUUGUGGGUGAUGCGUGUGUGCGAGCGUAUCUGUACGAAUCAAAGGUCUUUGUAUCCAUGGUCCUGAUCCUUAUUUUCGCCGAAGUCAUCGGUCUGUACGGUCUCAUUGUCGCCCUUAUCCUCAAUACUGCGGUCCCCGGAGAAGCAGUGUGCGGCGCCACAUAA